UAAAUAUCUGUUCAUUAGAUAUAUUUUAAAAAUACUUUUCACAUUUUAGGCGAUUCUCAUAUUUAUAAUUUUCUUUUAAGAUUUUUUUGUUUUAUCUUUAAAAAUAGAAAAUAAUUCUUCAUUAUUAGGGUUAUCUUCUCUAGAAUCUGUAAUUUUUUCUCCGUUACGCUUUAUUUACUAAAAGAGUAACUGGAUGUUUAUUAUUUUGAAUGUUUGGCUUUAUACGGCCUGUAGAUUCUUCUCUUUUUAUCAGUGAGACCAAGUUCGUACAUCGUCAUAUCAUUUGAACCUGAAUACACAAUUUUAUGAAACUAUGAAAUUAAAUUUAAAUUUUUAAAACGUAUAGCUUGACUUGUGCUUAUAUUCCGUACACCAAGUCAAAAUGAAUAUCAGCCCUUAUGAACUGAGGGCCUUCAACUGUUACCUUUUUAUAAAAUGGCUCUGCAGAGUAGUGAUUUCUUCCAUUUUCACCAAUAUCACAAUCAUCCACGAGGAAAGGCUGCCUCUGUACGGGCCACUUAUCGUAGUUAGUAACCACAACAACCAGUUUGUGGACGCAGCGCUUUUAAUAUAUGCAAUUCCACGGCAAAUGUGCUUUUUAGUAGCUGCAAAAACUUUAAAAAGAAGGUUAAUAGGGACUUUGUGCUCUCUGGCCGGUUGUAUCUCAGUGUAUAGACCGGAUGAUUUUAAGUAUACGGGAGUGGGAAAGAUCCACUGGAAGAAGGGAACGAAUUUAAUUCAUGGAAAAGAUACAAAAUUCACUUUGGACUUAAACCUGGGAGAUAAACUUCAAUUUGACCUGGAAAAAAUCGUUAUUACUGAGAUUAUCAGUGACACCCAACUAAAGCUCGAGACUCCAUUACAGUUGGAGUGUCCAGAUAGAAAUGGAGUUCAAUUCUCAGUAAGUCAACCUGAACUAUUUGUGUUUCAGGUUAUUCCAAAGAUGGAUCAGUCUGAAACCUACGAACAGGUUUCAGCAUCAUUAAAACAUGGGAACGCUAUCGUUAUAUUCCCAGAGGGUGGUUCACAUGACAGAACUAAUUUGCUUCCCCUGAAGCCCGGUGUUGCUCUAAUGGCUUUCUUCUCGAUCCUGGACGGAGCUGAAGAUGUUGUCAUCCUACCAGUUGGCCUGGUCUACAACAACGUAAAGAAGGACCAGUCCGAUGCAACAAUAUACUACGGAAACGUUAUUAGUAUCAGUAGAGAAGAAUGCGCUGAGUUUGAAAGAGAUAGGCGUUCAGUGGUUACAAAACUACUUGGUAAAAUAGAACAGGAAAUUAAUAAUUGUAUGAUAACAGCACCAGAUAUUAAAGUCAAGCAGUGGAUAGAUUUGUGUGCAAGCCUUUACCCGCCAGAAAGGUCAAAAGUGCCAGUAAACAUAGCGUUUGACCUGAGAAAGUUUAUUUCUAAGGUAUUCUGGAAGUAUGGAGAUAGUCCAGAGACUCUAGAGCUAGUUGAUAAGCUUUCAUUGUAUAAAAAGAGACUAGAUAACGGAUAUCUACACGACGAUGAAAUCUGGCUUCUAAAGCAGUCGAUGUAUUCAGCGUUUCUGUCAUUUCUUGAGGACACCAUACGCCUAAUUUGCUACAGUAUAAUAGGUUUGUCAUUUGCGCCGCUCUGGGUCCCUCUAUACCUCCUCUCGAAUUAUUUGGCGGAAAGACACAGAGUCAAGGCACUAAAAAACAGUUCCGUAAAACUUGUUGGAACUGACGUAUUUGUCAGCUAUAAGUGCCUCGUACUGUUAGUAGUUGUCCCACUCCUCAACUUCUCGUUGGGACUUUUUAUAGGAAUCUAUUUCUAUCGCGAUUUCAAGCGUACAGUAUAUUCAAUAUUCUGUUGUGUUGGAUUUCUUCCAAUGUUAUAUUAUGUCAACUUAAAGUAUGCACGCAAAAUUCCAAGACUGUUACGACAACUGCACGUCGUUCCAUUGAUAAUCAUGGGAAGAAUUAAUAUUUGGAGGGAAACGGAAAGAGAACUGAUAACGAUGAGAACAGAACUUCAAAUAUUAGUUAGAAAUUUUGUGCACAAGAUGGGACCCAAAGUUUCGGACACAUUUUUAACUGAUCUUGGCUCCGUUUUCCCAAGGGUCCUUAUCGAUACCGACACGUCUCGCUUGUGUUUAAUUAGGGAACACUUCAUGCCGAUCUUCCACACCCAGCACCAGGAAGUUGGUGAGGAAGUGCUCUAA